AUGUCCUACCCGCAGUUUGGAUACCCCUAUUCCUCUGCUCCUCAGUUCCUGAUGACCACCAACUCCCUGAGCACGUGCUGCGAGUCAGGCGGUCGCACACUAGCUGACUCCGGGCCUGCAGCCUCCGCACAGGCACCCGUCUACUGCCCUGUCUACGAGAGCCGGCUGCUGGCCACUGCACGCCACGAACUCAAUUCUGCCGCUGCGCUCGGCGUCUAUGGGAGCCCCUAUGGCAGCUCGCAGAGCUACGGCAACUACGUGACCUAUGGCUCUGAGGCAUCUGCUUUCUACUCGUUGAACAGCUUCGAGUCCAAGGAUGGCACAGGAUCUUCACACGCCGGCCUACCACCCACUGCAGCUGCAGCCUACUACCCAUAUGAGCCAGCUCUGGGCCAGUACCCAUACGACAGGUACGGGACCGUGGACAGCGGCACGCGGCGCAAGAAUGCCACCCGGGAGACCACCAGCACGCUGAAGGCCUGGCUGCAAGAGCACCGGAAGAACCCGUACCCCACCAAAGGAGAGAAGAUCAUGCUGGCCAUCAUCACCAAGAUGACACUCACGCAGGUCUCAACCUGGUUCGCCAACGCGCGCCGGCGCCUCAAGAAGGAGAACAAGAUGACCUGGCCACCUAGAAAUAAAUGUGCAGAUGAGAAACGCCCCUAUGGGGAGGGUGAAGAGGAGGAGGCUGGAGAGGAAGAGUCACGUGAGGAGUCUCUCAAGAGUGCCAAGAGUGAAGGUCCUGCCGGCAAAGAUGACAAGGAGCUAGAACUCAGUGACUUGGAAGAUUUCGACCCUCUAGAUGCUGAGACCUCAGAAUGUGAGCUGAAGACACCUUUCCAGCCCCUGGAUAGUGGACCAGAGAGGAUUCCUGCUUCAUCCGACGGUCCUGGCACAGGCAAGGAGGCCUCCGCCACACUCCGGAUGCCCCUGGGCACCGCUGGUGGAGCUGUUAUGGAUGGGGAUCUGGAGAGGGCACGGAACUGCCUCCGGAACACAGUGGUCGCUCCCGACUCAGGCACCGAGGGCGGCCCACCGGCCUGCGAAGCCAAACUGACCUUUGCUCCGGCGGGAGCGCCGCCGAACCUGGAGACCAAGCCCCGCAUCUGGUCCUUGGCUCACACAGCCACCGCUGCUGCAGCCACAGCUCUGAGCCAGACUGAGUUUCCCUCUUGCAUGCUGAAACGCCAAGGUCCAGCGGGUGCAUCCGUGGCGACGCCUGCGUCCUCUCCUGCAGUCACGGCCCCUUCUGGGGGUCUAGAUAGGCACCAGGACUCCCCAGUAACUAGCCUCAGAAACUGGGUGGAUGGGGUAUUUCACGAUCCCAUCCUUAGACACAGCACUUUGAACCAGGCCUGGGCCACCGCUAAGGGCGCUCUACUGGAUCCCGGCCCUCUAGGACGCAAUCUGGGGGCGGGUACCAACGUACUGACGACGCCCCUGGCUUGCUCCUUCCCGCCCACGGUGCCCCAAGACAUCCCACCUGCAGGGGCCUCCCGGGAGCUGCUGGCUACGCCCAAGGCCAGUGGCAAACCCUUCUGCACUUAA